UGUCUUGCGGCUAAAGCAUCUUUCAGUCAUGGCGUCUGUUGGGGUGAAAUCCGUUGCUAACAUGCCGGUUCUUGCUAUUUUCUUCGUCCUGGUGCUGUGUCUGCCGUCCGGAGGAGGACAAAAGAAGAAGGAGAACCUCCUUUCUGAGAAGGUUGACCAAAUGAUGGAGUGGUCCUCACGCCGUUCUGUUGUGCGGAUGAACGGAGACAAGUUCCGUCGAUUUGUCAAAGCCCCGCCCAGGAACUACUCCGUCAUCGUCAUGUUUACGGCCUUGCAGCCUCAACGGCAGUGUUCUGUUUGUCGGCAAGCAAAUGAAGAAUACCAAGUCCUGGCAAACUCAUGGCGCUACUCCUCUGCUUUCUCAAACAAGCUCUUCUUCACCGUCGUGGACUAUGACGAAGGAGCAGAUGUUUUCCAGCAGCUGAACAUGAACAGCGCACCGACCUUUAUGCAUUUCCCGGCCAAGGGAAAGCCAAAAAGAGCCGACACGUUUGACCUACAGAGGAUCGGCUUUGCUUCAGAGCAGCUUGCCAAGUGGAUUGCCGACCGCACAGAUGUCCAGAUACGUGUCUUCCGUCCUCCUAAUUACUCAGGAACCAUUGCUUUGGCUCUGUUGGUGUCGCUGGUCGGAGGUUUGCUCUAUCUGAGGAGGAACAAUUUGGAGUUUAUAUACAACAAGACCGGAUGGGCCAUGGCGGCACUGUGUGUCGUUUUUGCAAUGACAUCCGGUCAGAUGUGGAAUCACAUCAGAGGUCCUCCCUACGCUCACAAAAAUCCCCAGAAUGGACAAGUGAGUUACAUUCAUGGCAGCAGUCAGGCUCAGUUCGUGGCAGAGUCCCACAUCAUCCUUCUCCUGAAUGCUGCGAUCACCAUGGGAAUGGUGCUACUGAACGAAGCUGCUACCUCCAAGGGAGACGUCGGCAAGAGGCGAAUUAUCUGCUUGGUCGGCCUUGGACUGGUUGUGUUUUUCUUCAGCUUCCUGCUUUCCAUUUUUAGGUCCAAGUAUCACGGAUACCCUUACAGUUUCCUUAUUAAGUGAAAAAAGAGAAGAAGAGGGAGGUCAGAGAACGACUCACAGGUGGUAGGUGAGACAAGUCGAUACUUGAAGAUGGCAGAAGAAGCGUUGCCGUUCAAUCUCCAGUUUGUGAUGUUAUUUAAAACGUUGUUAUUAUUAUUGUAUUUGCUUGCUUAAUUGAGACUUGCUUACAUUGGGAAAUAAAAGUGUGUCACAUGUCUGAA